GAGGCUGAGCGGUCUGCCUGGUCAAUGAGGGAAGAUGGCCCCAGCCCGGGGAAUCGCUCCCACGCCCCGCCGUCCCCUCCCCCGAGCCGGGUGAGCUGGGAGCCCCCUUCCUUUUCCUUGGCGCCCCACGCGCGACGCAGGAAUGGCUCCGUGGCCUCUCGGGAACAGCUCUCUGGCCUCGUGGCCAGACGCCUCCACCCUGGCGCCCGACACCGCCAACACGAGCGGGCUGCCGGGGGUACCGUGGGCGGCCGCACUGGCGGGGGCGCUGUUGGCGCUGGCGGUGCUGGCCACCGUGGGAGGCAACCUGCUGGUCAUCGUGGCCAUCGCCCGGACGCCGAGACUCCAGACCAUAACCAACGUGUUCGUGACUUCUCUGGCCACAGCUGACCUGGUGGUGGGGCUCUUGGUAGUGCCGCCGGGGGCCACCUUGGCGCUGAGUGGCCACUGGCCUCUGGGCGCCACUGGUUGCGAGCUGUGGACCUCGGUGGACGUGCUCUGCGUGACGGCCAGCAUCGAAACCCUGUGCGCCCUGGCCGUGGACCGCUACGUGGCGGUGACCACGCCGCUGCGCUAUGGCACACUGGUCACCAAGCGCCGCGCCCGGGCGGCCGUGGUCCUGGUGUGGGUCGUGUCCGCUGCGGUGUCGUUUGCGCCCAUCAUGAGCAAAUGGUGGCGCGUGGGGGCCGACGCCGAAGCGCAGCGGUGCCUCUCCAACCCGCGCUGCUGCGUCUUCGCCUCCAACCUGACCUACGCGCUGCUCUCCUCCACCAUCUCCUUCUAUCUUCCUCUUUUGGUGAUGCUCUUCGUCUACGCGCGCGUUUUCGUGGUGGCUACGCGCCAGCUGCGCCUGCUGCGCCGCGAGCUGGGCCGUUUCCCGCCCGAGGAGCCUCCGCCGGCUGCGUCCUGCCCUCGGUCCCCCGCAGGGGUCGGGCCGUGCGCUUCGCCCGCGGGGCUGCCCUGCUACGGUCGGAGGCCGGCGCGCCUUCUGCCCCACCGGGAGCACCGGGCGCUGCGCACCCUGGGACUCAUCGUGGGCACCUUCACUCUCUGCUGGCUGCCCUUCUUUGUGACCAACGUGGUGCGCGCCCUCGGGGGCCCCUCCCUGGUUCCAGGCCCGGCUUUCCUUGCCCUUAACUGGUUAGGUUAUGCCAACUCCGCCUUCAACCCGCUCAUCUACUGCCGCAGUCCUGACUUUCGCAGCGCCUUCCGCCGUCUGCUGCGUCGCGGCCGGACGGAGGAGCAUCGCGCCGCCGCCUCCCUCCCGGGCGCCUGGCAGGGCCCCCCUGCGGCCCUGACCAGCCCGGCGCAGGCCAGGCAGUGCCCGCCGCUCGAGGGGGAAGUGCUGCCCUGCCCCGAGGCCUCUGCGCAACUCUAGAUUUGGUUUUCCGGCUCAGUUCUUUGCGCCCAUACUUCUCGCCACCACCGGGCUGACUUUGACUUGUAGAGAAGACUAGAGGCUCUCCCAAGCCCUCCACCUCCCCGCUGGUCUCUUUGAAAGGUUUGAUCUUGCCUGUGAAGGUGAGCCCCCACUCAGGUACGAAGGACUCACAGAGUGAGGAGCCGGUCCACCACCUCCACCCUUCCCUCCAGAGCCCGGGUCCCCACCCUCUGCGCCUCACCCCAAGAUAUGUUUAUUUUUUAUUUUUUAUUAAAGUAUCAUUGGUAUACACUUAUUUAUGAAGGUCCCACAUGAAAAACACUGUGGUUACUAUAUUCACCCAUAUUAUCGAGUCCCCCCACACCUCAUUGCCAGUCACUGUCCAUCAGCGUAGUAAGAUGCCACAGAGUCACUACUUGUCUUCUCUGUGCUACACUGUCUUCCCUGUGACACCCCCACACCAUGUAUACCAAACUUAAUGCCCCUCAAUCCCCUUCUCCUUCCCUCCCACCCACCCUCUCCUACCCCUCCCCUUUGGUGACCACUAGUCUCUCACCCCAAGAUGUGCUAUCUCCAUUUUCCAGGGCUUCCUGGGGACUUUCUUAGGCCUUGAAGGACAAGAAACAAGAACUAUUUUGAUCCAGAACCUUUGGAAACCUCUGGUCUGUGUUUAGAACGAGCUCUGUGGAGUUUCCCAGCUGGACUCUGCCCUUCAGAACCUGAGGACUGGGCCAUGGGUUGGAGAGGGGGAAUCCUUACCAAAUGGGGUUUCACCAUCCUCUCUGUACCUUUCUGAGAGUUUUCUAGACCACUACCUCAGCAGCGGGAGUGUCUGGCUGCCUGUGCUCAGCUGCCCUUGGAGCAGCUGGGGUGGCUUUGUGGGGUCACUGAUCACCUUGUCACUUGUGUGCUGUGUGCUUAGCACAAAGAGAACCCCCACCUGGCCCAUUCCCUCUGCCACCCAGACCUGGUGAGCCAUUCAGUGUCCCCUAGGUUUGAUGACUCAGGCUGAGAGCGGAAAGCUAGGAAAGGUCAAGUUUUGGGUUCUUGACCCUUGCACCUUCCCUCGGGUUCUCUAAGCACCAGCCUCCUUCACUUUGGAGACCGGGCAGCUCUGAUCUACCUCACAGCAGUGUCACAGGGGCUUCUUCAGGGUUCUGUGGGUCUCCGGGCUCAUAGGAGGGUGAGCCGUUAGAACAGAUCUUUACUUUUCCAUCUAAAAUCAAAUUAAUAAAUAUGGCAACGAAGUUCAUCUGUUGUUCUCUUUUCUCUCCA